GCCUUCACGCGGUUGCAGCUGAACGACCCGGAGGUCUAUGGUGAGGAAUUGGAGGAUGAGGUGGUCCUCCGUGUGCUGGCUGCCACCGAGCCGGCCCUUCGGGGGCUGGUGGAAGUGGAAUCGCAGGAAUUUCUUGACCUUUGCCCACCUGCAGGGCCCGAGUUUGCCGCUGCGGUGCCUGCCAGCUGGGCAGAAUCUCUUCUGGAGCAGCAGCCGCCCUUGCGAAGUUUGCGCUUGCGCCUCGUUCCAGCGAAGAUCGCGGAAGAGGCUUUUUGGGCGCGGUACUUCGGCGCAGUCUUCCAAAUUCUGGAAGACCAGCUAGCAGAUGAGCUACGAAACGGCGCAGCAGUGUCAGAGCGUGGUAAAAGCAACUGGCGUGCAAGCUUGAUGAAGUUCUUGGUUCAG